AAUAUUAUUAAGCUCUCUCGAUUCUCCAUUCUCCAUUCUCCGUUCGCCAUUCUGAUCUCUACCAAUUCAACCAAAAAGAAAACCCACCACCCUAUCCUUCUUGCCCAAUUCCGCUCUCUACCGCCCACUUCCUACUCUACAUUAUUUUACUGCGAAAGAAAGAAAGAAAGAAAGAUGUUGGUGGUGGAGGUGAAGGAGUCGACGAUGGUUCGGCCGGCGGGGGAAACCCCAGCGGUGAGUCUAUGGAACUCGAAUGUAGACCUUGUGGUCCCUCGGUUCCACACUCCCAGCGUGUACUUUUACAGACCAAGUAGUUGCGAUGUUGAUGAUAACAAGAAGGAGAAGGAGAAGUUGAAGUUGUUGGAUUCCCAAGUACUGAAAGAGGCACUGAGCAAGGCCUUAGUCCUGUUUUACCCAAUGGCUGGUCGAUUGAAGCGUGACGAAGAUGGUAGGAUCGAGAUUGAUUGUAAUGGGCAGGGAGUGCUGUUUGUGGAAGCCCACACCAAUUCCCUCAUCGAUGAUUUCGGUGACUUUUCCCCCACUUUGGAACUUCGCCAGCUCAUUCCCUCAAUCGAUUAUUCCAAAGGGAUUGAGACUUAUCCUCUCUUGGUCUUGCAGGUAACAUAUUUUAAAUGUGGAGGGGCCUCACUUGGUGUUGGCAUGCAACACCACGUGGCAGAUGGAUUUUCUGGUCUCCACUUUGUGAAUGCAUGGUCAGAUGUAGCUCGGGGUCUUGAUGUUACCAUUCCACCGUUCAUUGACCGGACCCUACUAAGGGCCCGUGAUCCACCUCAACCUACAUUCCAGCACAUUGAAUACCAGCCUGCUCCUCCAAUGAAAAACCCUGUUCAAUCUACAAAAUCAGGUCCCGAGUGUACAACAGUCUCAAUUUUCAAAAUAACUCGAGACCAGCUGAAUAUACUCAAAGCUAAGUCCAGAGAAGAUGGAAACACAAUCAACUAUAGUUCAUAUGAGAUGCUGUCAGGUCACGUGUGGAGAUGCACAUGCAUGGCUCGUGCACUUCCUGAUGAUCAAGAAACCAAAUUGUAUAUUGCAACUGAUGGACGGUCUAGGUUGCGUCCCCAACUCCCACCUGGUUACUUUGGCAAUGUGAUCUUCACUGCCACACCAACAGCUUUAGCAGGUGAUCUCCAAUCGAAACCAACAUGGUAUGCAGCAAGCAGAAUUCAUGAUGCGUUGGCACGGAUGGACAAUGAUUAUUUGAGAUCAGCCCUUGACUAUCUAGAACUUCAGCCUGAUCUAUCAGCCCUUGUUCGUGGGGCACAUACUUUUCGUUGUCCAAAUCUUGGUAUAACUAGCUGGGUUAGACUGCCAAUCCAUGAUGCUGAUUUUGGGUGGGGUAGGCCCAUAUUCAUGGGACCUGGUGGGAUUCCGUAUGAGGGGUUAUCAUUUAUAAUACCAAGCUCAACUAAUGAUGGGAGCUUAUCAGUCGCCAUUGCUCUGCAAUCUGAACAUAUGAAAGUAUUUGAGAAGUUGUUAUAUGAAAUUUGAGGAAAUGAAAUGCCUGAGGAACUCUUCGAGGUUGAAUUCUAGCCUCACCUUCGGAUAUGCCAAAAAUUUUCCAAAGGUGGUGGUGUUUCUUCCCAGUGUUUUUAUCAUACAUGGUUUGUGUCAAUUAGAUUUGAUUCAGUUGAAAUCUGAAGUUUCUAUACUGAAAUGAACUUGGAAAAAAAUGUAUCUCUGACUUGAUAUUAAAUUUACAAUAAGCAUAAUUAAUGUUUUCAUAUAAUAGAAUUAGGUCACAUAAGGUUGUUUAGUUAUGAAUUACAUUAGUUCUUCUAUU